CGUGACUGUCAUCAACAGUGCAGUUAAACAUGGCGGUGGCUACGUCUGUUUUCCACAGAGUAAGAACCGGGUCGAAAAUAGGCGCUCAGUAUGACCAAGACGGCAACCUCAUCCAGGUGGAAACCCGGGAGGACGAAGAGCAGAGCGUGAAGCUGACAGAGAUCCUGGAGCUCCUGCUGGCAGCUGGAUACUUCCGAGCCCGGAUUAAAGGAUUGUCACCUUUUGAUAAGGUAUACGCUGGACUUCUGAUUGCUCUUUUCUUCCUCUCUGCUCGUCUUCCAUCCCAGCUGAUGGGAGAUUAUGUGAGAGCCUACUCCAUUUCUCAGUUCCAGAAGUCCCACAGCCUUCCAGAGGAUCAAGAGUUCGUCCAGAGGAAAGACAAAGCAGUGAGGGCAGUGCUGGACGUGUUGGAAGUGUACAAACCACAGAGGAAGUACAGGAGGCACAGGAAUGCAGAGGAGCUGCUGGAUGAGGAGUCCAGGGUCCACUCCACUCUGCUGGAAUACGGAAGCCUCUGUACUAGAAUGUCAGAGCUCUUGCUGCGAUAUGGAUUCAGCAAGCAGAGCAAACAAGACAAGGUCGAUGAGGGGAAGGCUUCACUGGCCGGUGGCUCUCAGGCAGCGUCUCAUGGGGUGGUUGACGUGUCAGAGGAAGAGGACCUGCAGGCAGUAGAGGAAAUGCGAAUUAAAACGUUGAUGACCAACAUGGCUGCCAUGGCAACAGAGGAGGGGAAGCUGACAGCGAGUGCAGUGGGUCAGCUCGUCGGGCUGCAGUCUGAAGAGAUCAAACAGUUUGCUUCUGAGUACGCUGAGAAGCAGUUAGAGCUGUCCUCAGAGGAGCAUGAGCAUUAUGGCCCACUGCAGCAGCACCACAGGGCGGUCGCCUCACUCAACAAACAGAUCCAGCAGAAGACUAAAGAGCUGGGGGAGCUGCAAGCCAAGCAUGCAGAGGUGAAGAUGGGCUGUGAUGAGGACAAGAGGAAACUAACGGAGGUGAGCUCAGGUCAAGGCUUACUUCACUGCCCAGUUUCUUUGUUGAACAGGCUGCUCGAUAAGCUGAGGGCUCUGGUGACGAUGAAUGAGAACCUGAAGCAGCAGGAGCAGGAGUUCCGCACACACUGCAGAGAAGAGAUGACUCGUCUGCAGAGGAACAUUCAGGAGCUCAAGUCUGCAUCAGGACAGGAUACAGAGGAAGAGAAGGAGAGGGACCAGCUGAUAGACAAACAGUACAACACAGGGAGAGAGAAACUACAGAAGAUCCGCCUGCUCAUGGCUCGAAGGAACCGAGAGAUUGCCAUCAUGCAGAGGAAGAUUGAUGAGGUGCCGAGCCGAGCUGAGCUGACACAGUAUCAGAAGAGAUUCAUUGAACUCUACAGUCAAGUUUCUGCUACUCACAAAGAGACUAAGCAGUUCUUCACUCUGUAUAAUACAUUGGAUGAUAAGAAAGUCUAUCUUGAGAAGGAGGUGAACCUCUUGAAUUCUAUUCAUGACAACUUCCAACAAGCCAUGUCGUCCUCAGCUGCCAAAGAGCAGUUCCUCAAACAGAUGGAGCAGAUAGUCGAGGGAAUCAAACAGAAUCGCAUCAAGAUGGAGAAAAAGAAGCAGGAGAACAAGAUGAGGCGAGAUCAGCUGAAUGAUGAGUACCUGGAGCUCCUUGACAAGCAGAGGCUGUAUUUCAAAACUGUCAAGGACUUUAAAGAGGAGUGUCGGAAGAAUGAGAUGCUACUGUCUAAACUGAGAGCUAAAGGAGCCUCUUAGCUCCGACCAUACUGUUGGUGCGUUUCAUUCCAAGUAAUAAAUAUGAUGCAAACCAGUUACUAAUCUAAUUACUUGGAUGACUUUCAUAUAAAAUCGUGGACAUGAACUGUGUUCUUCACAUGUGCCAGAUGCAGCAGACUGGACGACAUAAAUGCAAAUCAUUGUUUUAAUCACACCUUCUGUAACAUCGUAGUGAUCACUAAUUAAGACCACGAUCAGCCAGUUCUACCUAAUGUUUUACAUUUCGUGGUGAACAUAACAAUAAAAACUUAACCAGAGCUCCACAACAGUCUUGCAAAUCAUGACAUUGUGUUUAAUAAUACUGGGCAACUUUUACUAACUCCCCGCACUGCACUGACUGUGAAGUAUACGUACGUCUUUAUGCUGAUCAUGAAUUCAGGCUGCAACAGUGAAGAGAACUUGUAAUAAUGAUGGUUUUGUGUUGGAGAGUUUCCUGGUGUAUUUACAUGCCUCUGAAGAUUGUCUUCCAUGUACCAUCCAAUCGCCAUGGAUGCAGUAUUUAAUGAAUAAAGAAUUGCUUAUACAAACAGCA